CAUAUAAGAUUACAAUUUUGGUUUACAAGAUACAUCCUGUGGUAGCACGACUGUGUGCUCCGGUCCAGGGAACCAGUCCUGCUCAUUUGGCUGUUUGCUUAGGUCUUGAUGCAUCCAAGUUCCAAAGCAAAUUAAGCAACACCAUCGAUGAUGAUCCUUCAAGUUCACUUUUGUGUGCAGUUGAUGAUGUGGAAAGAUAUCGAGGGUGUGAACCACUGAUCAUGGUGUGCCCCGACUGCUCUACUUCCCUUGAAUGUCCACCUAUAUUCAAUUCCGUAUGUUCCUCCAUAAGUCAGAAGCCAACAGAUUUGCAGGCAGAAAGGCCUGCCAUUGAGUUUUGGCACAAGUUACAGUGUCCCAAAUGCCCAAAGGAGCCCGGUGCAGGCAAACUGCAGCCUUCUUGCUUAGCAAACCAGGUGAAGAGGCAAGCUGAGGGGUUUAUCUCAACAUAUUAUAGAGGAUUGAUGCUGUGUGAUGAUGAAACAUGCAACUAUAGCGGUCGCAGCCUGAACCUGCGGGUAAUUGGUGACUCGGAGCGAGGAACUGUUUGCCCAAACUACCCUCGGUGUGAAGGUCGCCUCCAAAGAAAGUAUACAGAAGGAGAUCUGUACAAACAGCUUUCGUAUUUCUGCCACAUUUUGGACACCGAGCGUUGCAUUAAUAAGGUGGAUGCAAAGAUGAAGGUGCAAGUGGAGAAGGAGAUGGCGGAAAUCCGGCCUCUGGUUAAGACCGCAUCUUCGACUAUAGAGAAGUUGCGGAAUCGUUGCGGUUAUGGAUGGGUGCAGCUGAGAAAUCUGACGGUCGACGUUUAAUCAAUCUGCUGCUCUCUAAAGUCAAAUCAACUGUGCAUAUGAUGAUGUAUAUGUAUGUAUUCAACUUUAUAGCUCAUAUUAAAAGCCAGCUACCUGA